AAACAGUACAAUGAAAGUAUUCAUAGUGGUCUUAUGUUUAGCUUCAGCGGCUUUGGCCCAUCACGAGGAAGGCCAUGCUGGUCAUGAUCAUCACGAUCAUCAUGACCAUCACAUCAGUCACGAUGGCCAUGACUACACAAUAAAAACCAAAGAAGAUCUGAGCAGAUUUCGUGAGGAUUGUGCCACCAAAUUGAAGGUAUCCAGCGAGUUAUUGGAAAAAUACAAGAACUGGGACUAUCCAAAUGAGGAGACCACACGUUGCUAUUUGAAGUGCGUUUUCGAACAUUUUGGCUUCUUUGAUGAGACAAAAGGUUUCAAUCCCUAUAUGAUUCAUCACCAAUUGGCAGGCGCCCAUGGUCCAGUGGAUCACAAUGAUGAACUGCAUCGUUCCAUAGAUUUUUGCGCCGAUCACAAUUCCCAAAAAUCGGAUGCUUGUACUUGGGCCUAUCGUGGCGGCAUGUGCUUAAUAGGACAACACUUGCAAUUGAUUAAGGACAGUUUGCACCAACACUAGAGGAAGGUGAAGGAUCCGUUUGUCAGAAUGUUUUAAAGACUUAAUCGAUGAAUACUAUAUGCAUUGUGCAUGAAUUAUAUUUUUUUUUCAUUUUAUUAUUUUUUGUAAUGAUUUUAAAAAUAAAAAUAAUUAUU